GACAGAGAUGUUUAAAAACAGAGUAAAAGGAUGCAAGUUCAGCAAGACAGAAGGUUAUAAAGAGGAAAAUGGCAUAAAAGCAAGAAAAGAAGUAAACAUAAAAUAUUCUAUAUUUUUAUGUUCCCUGCAAUUGUCUCAAUUCCCUAGCCUGAGACUGUGCAGUUCCUUAAAAGACCAAAGGUUUAGACACCCUGGCCUAGGAAGAAUACUAGCUAUUUACACCUCUUAGUUAACUAGAAGCAGACAUAAAAAGAGCAUAUUGAGUUUGAAGGUAACAGGAAUAUUAGUAUUAUAAUACCAAAUCUGUUUUUCAACUGAGAAAAAGAAAGAAGAAAUAUCUCAAGGACAGAAGGGGGAAAAAGGAGUAUGCCUAGGCUGAUCAUCAGAGACCACAGAUUCCAAACAACACCCAGGUGGGUCACUGCUCACCAUGAGAGUGAACUUGGAGUAUGAUGAGCUUCUGCUUGUCAAAGCUAAGAACUGUGUGUCUGGAUAUAUGAGUGGCUGCCUUAAAAAAAAAAAAAAAAAGAGUAUCUUUCAAGUGACUCUUGAAUGAGGAAGAAAGGGAAAGAGAAGGGGAAAGAAAUGAUGCAUCAGACAGAAGAGAGGAUCUAGGAAAUAGGAAGAGCAAUAAAAAGAAGACCAGGAUGAAAAAAGAGGACGGAUUUGGAAACAUGCAUUUACAAAUAUCGUUACUGCUGCUGUUUUGUCUAAACAUUGUCCAUGGCAGUGAUGGAUACUUUUCUGAGCGAUACCAGAAACAGUCCAGCAUCAAGGGGCCACCACACUUUCUACCAUUCAAUGUAAAGAGUCAAGGUGUGCAGAUGAGGGGUGAACAAGGGCCCCCUGGUCCCCCAGGCCCUAUUGGACCAAGAGGACAACCAGGUCCUGCAGGAAAACCUGGGUUUGGAAGCCCUGGACCCCAAGGUCCCCCUGGUCCCCCAGGACCACCUGGAUUCUCCACUGUUGGAAAACCAGGCAUGCCAGGUCUACCAGGGAAGCCAGGAGAAAGAGGAUUAAAUGGUGAGAAAGGAGAAGCCGGACCCGUUGGGCUCCCAGGAGCAAGAGGGCCACAAGGACCCCCUGGCAUUCCUGGCCCUGCAGGACUGUCUGUCCCUGGAAAGCCAGGACCCCAAGGCCCUCCAGGAGCUCAAGGGCCAAGAGGCCUCCCUGGUGAGAAAGGAGAACCAGGUGUUCCUGGUAUAAAUGGACAAAAAGGAGAAAUGGGAUUUGGUGUUCCAGGCCGCCCAGGUAACAGGGGUCUUCCAGGCCCACAGGGACCCCAAGGCCUCCCUGGUCCUGCUGGGAUAGGGAAGCCUGGAGAAAAUGGCCUUCCAGGUCAGCCAGGUAUGAAAGGUGACAGAGGUCUACCAGGAGCACGUGGAGAAGCUGGUAUCCCAGGCCCCCAGGGUCCACCAGGAGAACCUGGAGAAGUUGGCAUCGGCAAGCCUGGGCCAAUGGGACCACCAGGACCAGCAGGCAUCCCCGGAGCCAAAGGAUUGCCUGGACCUGCAGGCCUGCCUGGAUCCCCAGGUCUUCCAGGAUUUGGAAAGCCAGGAUUGCCAGGGAUGAAGGGACAUAGAGGACCUGAAGGACCUCCUGGCUUUCCAGGACCUAAAGGAGACCAAGGCCCAGCUGGUGUACCAGGAGAACCAGGUCCUGCUGGGCCACAAGGAAAUAUGGGCCCUCAAGGACUCAAAGGCUUGCCUGGUGAGAAUGGCUUACCCGGACCCAAAGGUGACAUGGGCCCUGUAGGCCCUGCAGGAUUCCCAGGAGCCAAGGGUGAAAGAGGUCUACCAGGAUUAGAUGGUAAACCAGGAUAUCCAGGUGAGCAGGGUCUUCCUGGUCCUAAGGGACAUCCAGGUCUCCCUGGUCAAAAAGGAGACACUGGCCAUGCUGGCCCACCUGGCUUGCCUGGUCCAGUUGGACCACAAGGAGUUAAGGGAGUUCCAGGUAUUAAUGGUGAACCAGGCCCAAGAGGACCUUCAGGAAUACCUGGGAUCAGAGGCCCCAUUGGUCCCCCUGGCAUGCCAGGAGCCCCUGGUGCAAAAGGUGAGGCAGGAGCACCAGGACUGCCAGGCCCAGCAGGUAUUGCUACAAAAGGUUUAAGAGGACCCAUGGGACCACCUGGACCUCCUGGACCUAAAGGCAACAGCGGAGAGCCUGGCUUGCCAGGUCCCCCCGGUCCUCCUGGUCCCCCUGGCCAAUCCACAAUCCCAGAAGGUUAUGUUAAAGGAGAGUCUAGAGAACUAUCAGGAAUGUCUUUCAUGAAAGCAGGAGCAAAUCAAGCUCUCACAGGAAUGCCAGUGUCUGCCUUCACUGUCAUUCUCUCAAAAGCCUACCCUGGGGCAACAGUCCCCAUCAAAUUUGACAAAAUCUUGUACAACAGACAGCAACACUAUGAUCCCAGGACAGGAAUCUUUACCUGCAGGAUCCCUGGACUAUACUAUUUCUCCUAUCAUGUACAUGCAAAAGGAACAAAUGUUUGGGUUGCACUCUAUAAAAAUGGCUCCCCAGUCAUGUACACUUAUGAUGAAUACCAGAAAGGAUACCUUGACCAGGCCUCAGGCAGUGCUGUCAUUGAUCUCAUGGAGAACGAUCAAGUGUGGCUCCAGCUGCCAAAUUCAGAAUCCAAUGGUCUCUAUUCCUCUGAAUAUGUUCAUUCUUCUUUCUCAGGUUUCCUAUUUGCUCAAAUCUAACAACAUCCCACUUACAAUGUCCUGACAUACUCUCCUUCAGGACAUUUUAACUGGGCACUGAUGUGAUAUGUCCUUUGCAGGUCAUGUAACUUCAAUUUUGCAACAGAAAUCGAAAAGAGUGAAAAGGUAAAGAAAUUGGUUCAAAACUAGUAGAAAAAUAUUGUAUGUUUUUAGAAACUUGUCAUGGGAAAUUUGUUUUGAACAAUGAUCAAUUGUCCAACUGAAUGCAACAUUAAAAUUUUAUGAAUUAAUAUAA